AUGACACAGCAUAAUUUUAAUAUACCAAAUUUUUCACAAGACUUUAAUCCAAUUAAACCUCAUAAUUUUAAUAAUUUAAUUCAAUUAAAUGAUAUGGAAAUAUUUUUAUUUAAAACACCAAGCAAUAAAAAGACGAUAUUAAUUACAGAAUUAGAGCGUAGUAUCAAAGAGAAAGAUUUAAGAGAUAUAUUUAGUCGUUUUGGUUUAAUUUAUGAUAUCAAAAUUUAUAUGGAUCAAAACAAACCAACAUCAAUGUGUUUGCUUAAAUUCUUUCUGGAAAAUUCAGCAACUAUGGCCCAUAAUGCAAGUGUAAGAAAUGAAAUCGAGAUCAAUGGAAAGCAUUGUAAUGUUAUGAUCUCAAAGUUUAAAUCAGAUAAAGAACUUGACAUGCCAAUUACUAAAUCCAUUCAAGCUAUUAAUGGAAUAUUGGGUUUUAAUCAGUGGUCAACAGAAAUCAAUCAAAUGGAAAGAGAUUAUACUAGAGAAUUAAUUGUAGAAAAUCAAGAAACCAACGAAAUUAAAAAAGUUUUCGAAUCAAGGUGGGCCUCCCAAGUUUAUUUUACUUUAAAACAAAUCGACUUAAAAGUUCAAGCAGUUGGUUUUGGUACUGAAGAAGGUGAUACUGUCGAUGAUGCAGUUAAACAAGCCAAAAAAGUUUCAAUCACCAAUGCCAGAAAAGAAAUUUUCUCUAAAAUUGGUAUCAUUAUUAAUAAUUCUGAUAAUACAUCAACCCCUUUUGUCUUGGAUGAAUCAAUUAUAGUUUUACCACCACAAGAAGAGGAUCAUAACCAAUAUUUUGAUGACUCUUUUAUAAAUGAUGAAUUAAACCAACAACAACAAGAAGAGGAGGAACAACCAUUACAACUGCAACAAGAAGAUGAAUUUAUUUUAAAUGACAAUGAAAUAACUAUGGAUUUUGAUUUCGAUGCAACAAUACCUCAAUAA